AUGUCGUACCGUAGCCCCUUUGCUGUUGUGUUUCUCAUCCAUAUUGCUUUGGAGAUCCCUGUGGCCAUCCAAGGCAUCUGGUCACCUGCCAACUUGCCCUUCAUUCAGCUGAAUAACACUGCAGUCGUUCUACUCAAGUUAUACGCUUCUUUAGUCUUGGGGACAUGUAUUGCGUCACUGUUGGCAUUCAAUCUUCCUGAUUUUCUUCCCGGGAAGCGUGCGUUGGCCAUCGGGCUCACGGUAUAUCACACCGUUUGUUCUACCGUUCUCUACCAAGCACCCAGGUUCAUUCCGCACAGUUUCGGUGCACUAGCAGAGUCACUCAACAUUACCCCUGAAGUUGUAUGGGGUACUGCACACGGAAUUGUCGGCCUCGCUAUGAUCGGCUGGUGGCAGGCUACUGUCCAACUUACCCAAAUGGCUAGGGCAGCUAGCGCUCAACAAGGUUGA